AUGCGGCUAGGUCGUCUCGCCCAAAGUGACCCCUCCAAAUGCCCCGCGUUUGGUCGUGCCAAAAAAUUAUUUUCUGGAGGGGAAAGUCACAUUUAUCCUCCUCAAUCUGCCUCCGCGAAAUCUACAUUGACGAGAAAAUUGGUCAUGGAUCCCAUCCGAAUUUUGCUGGUGGGAAAUGGGGGGCGUGAACAUGCUCUUGCUUGGAAGUUGAGUCAAUCGGCACGCGUCGAGUCCAUAAUUGCUGUUCCUGGAAAUGGAGGCACUGCGACUUGCCCAAAGACGACCAACGAGACCAGUGUCAAGGCAGAUGAUUAUCCAGGUCUCGUCUCUUUCGCGCAGAAGAAUGGCAUCAAUCUCGUUGUGCCAGGACCUGAAGCCCCACUGGUAGAUGGAAUCGAAGGAUACUUCCGUGAUGCUGGCAUCCGAUGCUAUGGUCCCUCGAAACUUGCAGCGCGAAUGGAGGGAAGCAAGACAUUCUCUAAAGAUUUCAUGAAGAGACACAACAUUGCCACGGCUGCGUACGAGAACUUCUCCGACUACGAAUCCGCGAAGAAAUAUCUUGACAGCAUCAACCAUAAUGUGGUACUGAAGGCAAGCGGUUUGGCCGCUGGAAAGGGUGUCAUUAUUCCGACAACGAAGGAGGAGGCACAAGCAGCAUUGAAGGAGAUUAUGCUGGACAAGGAAUUUGGGUCUGCUGGUGACGAGGUAGUCAUUGAGGAGUUUUUGGAGGGGGAUGAGCUCAGUAUUUUGAGUUUCAGUGAUGGUCACACUAUUCGGUCACUUCCUCCCGCCCAGGACCAUAAAAGAAUAUUUGAUGGAGAUCAAGGGCCAAAUACCGGUGGAAUGGGAUGUUACGCUCCAACAAAAAUUGCAUCAAAGGAGUUAAUUGCGGAAGUCGAGAGAACCAUUUUACAACCCACGAUUGACGGUAUGCGAAAAGAACGAUUCAAGUUUGUUGGAACACUGUUUACUGGACUCAUGAUCACCAAGGACGGACCAAAGGUAUUGGAGUAUAACGUUCGAUUUGGAGAUCCUGAGACGCAAACUCUGUUACCUUUAAUCAGCAAAGACACCGACCUUGCAGAAAUUAUGAUCGCCUGUGUGGACGGAGACUUGGAUGCAGUAGAUGUGAAGGUGGACAACAAGUUCAGUGCCACAGUUGUGGUAGCCGCUGGUGGAUAUCCAGGAUCAUACGCAAAAGGCACACCGAUGACUGUUAGUGAUACAGCUGCCAAUACUAACAUUUUCCACGCCGGUACAACCAUCAAGGAUGGCCAGCUUCAGAGCUCUGGCGGAAGAGUUAUCGCUGCUCAAGCUGUUGCCGAGAGCUUGGAGCAAGCCGUUCAAAAUGCUUACAUUGGCGUUGAAUCUAUCAAAUUUGAUAAAAUGUUUUACCGAAAGGACAUUGCCCACAGAGCUUUUAAGCCAACAACUGCCACCAAGGAGGCUCUAACAUAUGCUUCCGCCGGUGUCAGUAUUGAAGAUGGGAACCAGUUCGUGGAGCGAAUCAAGGCUGCCGUUGCAUCUACCAAGAGACCAGGAGCAGAUGCUGAGAUUGGAGGUUUCGGUGGUGAAGUUGACUUGGACAAAGCCGGAUACGCUGGUGCUCCGAUUUUAGUUGGAGCUAUCGAUGGAGUGGGAACCAAGCUUAUGAUCGCCCAAGCCAUGCACAAGCACGACACAGUCGGUAUCGAUCUUGUCGCCAUGAAUGUCAACGAUCUCGUAGUCCAAGGUGCCGAGCCUCUGAUGUUCCUCGACUACUACGGCUGCAGCAAGCUCAACGCCGAGCACGCCGCUGCUUUCGUCGAAGGUGUUGCAGAAGGCUGCAGGCAAUCAAAUUGUGCUCUUGUCGGCGGAGAGACUGCUGAGAUGCCGGGUAUGUACAAGGAGGAGGACUAUGACGCGGCUGGUGCUGCUAUCGGAACCAUGCGGAAGGAACUUGCCCUGCCACUGAAGCAGGAUAUGAUCGAGGGCGAUAUUCUCCUCGGUCUGGCUUCCAACGGUGUCCACUCCAACGGCUUCUCUCUCGUUCGCAAAAUUGUCAGCAGAGCAAACCUUUCGUACAACGCCCCCGCACCUUGGGAUCCCUCCACCUCCGCAGGACUCAGUCUCCUCACCCCAACACGCAUCUACGUUCUUCCAUUACUGGAAGUCAUCAAGAAGCGGCUCCCUAAGGGCCUCUCGCAUAUCACAGGCGGUGGUUUGACAGAGAACAUCCCACGUAUGCUUCCCAAUCACCUCGCUGCCGAAGUCGAUGUCUCGAAGUGGGAACUACCAGCUGUCUUCAAAUGGUUGAAGAAAGAAGGCAACGUCUCAGCGGCUGAGCUGGGCCGGACGUUCAAUACUGGUAUUGGUAUGGUUGUCGUGGUGUCCAAGGAGAACGCGGAUGCUGUCGUUAAGGAGUUGCAAGCUGCUGGUGAGAAGGUAUAUACCAUUGGUCAUCUUGUGAAGAGAGAUGGAGAGGGAUGCGUGCUGAAGGGCUGGGAGUCGUGGGCUUAG